GCAGCAGCAGGCUCGCAGACUGAGACCCGGAUCAGGAGAGUGGAUGUCCCGGCGGUGCGCAGACCUGCUGCCGGAUGCAAAGCCAGCUCAGAGUGUGAUGCAGCUGUGUGAUGGGAGGAUCCGCCGGCCAGGAUGGGCAACAAGCAGACAACCUUCACCGAGGAACAGCUGGAGGCGUAUCAGGACUGCACCUUCUUCACCCGGAAGGAAAUCCUGCGGUUACACGCUCGAUAUCGUGAGCUGGCGCCACAUUUAGUGCCGCUGGACUACACCAACAACCCCGACAUCAAAGUCCCCAUGACGCUCAUCGUCACCAUGCCUGAACUGAAGGUACAAUUUAAAUGGUUUCAAAAUAAUAUAUGAAAAAUCUAAAUAAAGCCUAAAAAAAUGUGUAGUUUACAAAAUGAUUUCAUUAUUUGCAGUUAUUACUGUUGAUCAUUAGUAGAAUAAGUUCAGGUUUUGUGGCAGCUCAGUACUGAGUCGUCUCGUUGGGGAUCUGGUCCAGACUUUAACAGGGACAACUUCAUCUGUAAGGAGGACCUGGAGAAGACCCUGAACAAGCUGACCAAAGGGGAGCUGAUGCCCGAGGAGGUCACGCUGGUGUGUGACAAAGCCAUCGAGGAGGCCGACCUCGACGGAGACCACAAGCUCUCGUUCGCCGACUUUGAGAACAUGAUCUCCAAGGCUCCUGACUUUCUGAGCAAUUUCCACAUACGAAUAUGAGGCAGCUGAGAUCCUGCAGAGGAAAGACGUCUCUCUUCGACCCCGAUUCCACCUGAACCCCGGACCCAGCUCGACUCAGUGCCUGUCCUUUCUACUGCCGACGGGGAGUCUUCUUUCCAGAAAGAUCCUGAGACCUGGACUGUCAGGAGCCCGGGAGUUUGAAUCUCGAUCAUGCAGUCAUUCCAGAGGGGAUACGGUUACUGCAUGAAGCCUCUCUCUGGGAUGGAUUUUGAACUCAGCUUCGACGGGGCUGACUUUCUUCUCCCCUGUGGACGUUUCCGAUUUUCUGAGGAACAUCUGUGAGGACGGCGCCGCGGUGGAUACAGAACAGGGCUUUUCUGAAUUUAGUGCUUUUCAGAAAGGCCUCAUCCAAAACUGGAUUCUUUUUAAAAGCACAUCUUUAAAGGGCAACACAGUGAGGAGCUAUGCAAUCUUUCUCCAUAAAGUGCAUGUUGUAAAUUGCUUCUAGCUGGUGAAUUUGUACAUCUGGUUUAGCGAAGCAUUCUGGUGCAUAACGACAAUCAUAGUAAACUGUAGCUCAGUUGAUGGAAGGGCUCUCUCUGUCAUCUCACCUGUACUCCUGGCUUUGAUAAAACUUUUUCCUGCCUCCUACUAACUUGAUAUGACAGCUUUCACUCUUUCAAGACAAAAUAUUUUAUGGCUAGAAUCAAAUAAAAAGGUUGUUCUGUCA